AUGCAACAUCACCUUAAUGCCACUAAUCCUCAGGAGAACCAUACACUUAAUGACGAUGAGAUAGAAAAUAUCAUACGCCCUAGCGAUUCGAUAGUUGGCCAGCGAAGCUUACACCCUGAAGUUGAAGACAUUGUCAACCCUUCGUGGGAUCCCACAAUAUCGAUGUCUCCCGGCCACCUGGAGGCCCCAGGUAACUCAUUUUCCGGCCCAGGCCCCUUUUCACCUCUGAUAUCCCAUCCGUCGUUAGCUCUUCCUCAAAAUGAAAGUGCGGGGAAUUUAUUGAGGCGAGAACAACAGGUAAGCAUGUACCCGGGGCCCUCAAGCCCGGAAAGAGGAGAUUCGACCGCUCAUGACCCUUCAUUCGUUGACAAUAAGCUCAUGCCUUAUAGAAAUCGCUUGGUGAAAGCCAGCGCGAAGCCACAGCCUUUUACAGCCCAAAAGCAGCCGCCGAAACGAAAACUCGCUAGUGCAAAAACCAGGCCGGCUUUCGUCAACAAGUUAUGGUCUAUGGUGAACGAUACGGCAAAUCAGGAACUGAUGCACUGGUCCUCUGAUGGAAAAUCCUUCAUCAUAACCAAUCGGGAGCAGUUUGUGCACAAAAUACUUCCUCGAUAUUUCAAGCACUCCAACUUCGCUUCAUUUGUGCGACAAUUGAAUAUGUACGGCUGGCAUAAGGUACAGGACGUACGAUCAGGAUCUAUUCAAGCAAACUCUGAUGAAAGGUUACAGUUUGAAAAUGAGAAUUUCAUUCAAGGUUGCGAAGAUCUACUGGACAACGUCGUAAGACAAAAACCAAACUCUAAUACUUCUAAAGAGGUUUUACUUGGUCAGAACGGCGAGGAGGUUGAUAUCGGGAUUCUACUGAAUGAGUUAGAGUCUGUGAAAUUCAACCAAAUGGCCAUAGCUGAGGAUUUGAAACGUAUUUCUAAAGACAACGAGCUACUUUGGAAGGAUAACAUGGUGGCACGCCAAAGACACCAGGCACAGCAACAGGUGUUGAAUAAAAUUCUGCAUUUGUUAGCAUCGAUCAUGGGGUCCAAUACGCAAAAGCUUUUGGGAAAUGAUUUGGCCAAUGAACUCGCCCAGACGAACGCCUCUUUCACCGAAAUACCGAAUGUUGGGCGUGGCUUCUGGGAUCUAGGGAACAUCAACAAUGCCAUGACACGGCCUCGCCUGCUGCUGAAAGAUGGAGAACCUGACCAUGCUUCAAGUGUUGGCUCCAGUAGUGUUUCAAAGCAUGGGCUCAAUUACCAAUCGCCAAUCCAGGAGCUCGAUCGUCAGUCUAUCAAUGAUCACCAGAGUGUUUCCCCAGUCUCUAAGGUCGACGUUACGAAUAACAGCCAUGCCAACUCGGCCAACAAUUCCAGUACGGGCCGAUUAUCUGAAAUUCCGUUCGAUGCCACUUCCCAUGACGACCCCUCUUUUUUUAAUGAUCUCCACUCCAACAUCAAGAGACAAGGUGAAUCAAUUCAGGAACUCGAAGACUGGAUCACAAACCUCUCACCAUCUCAAGAAGAUAUUGGAGGCAUUCCCGCAUCAGUAUCCGAUGGCACAGCGGUCACAAGAGAACAGCGACAACAACAAGAACCACCCAAAUCCAUAGGCGAUCUCCACGUGGCGUCACCCGCUACAUUUGAUCUUCAAGAUUACCUCGCGACUGCUGAUCCCUCGGGCUUUACACCACUAAUCCAAGAUGAGCCCUCGGAAAACAUAAAGAAACGCGACAACAAUAGUAGCGACCCUGAAGACGAAAAUACACCCGCAUCCAAGAAAUUCAAGACAUAG